AUGUCUUUCAGCAGGAAGCUGCUACUUCUUCUCAUUCUGCUGCGGGCAAGAUCUGUAUUUGCAGAUGGAGGCGAUGACUUUGCUAACAAUCUCUUUUCGGAUCUGGGACCGCUGCUGGCGCUCUUUGAAGAACGAGUGAUUACGCAAUUCAUGAAUGUUUCAAUGGGUUGGGCCGAUAACAUCAUCCUCGCAAUGGCUCCUCUUGGUGUUAUUACUGCUAUUGUGGGAGCUAUUCGCGUAGGGGGCCAGUCCUGGCUUAAAGCGGUGAUCGGCAGAGCUCGGGAGAACCUCGCAGUUGCCGAGGCCGAGCUCGUGUCGUCAACCUCGCAAGAAGUCUGUGAGCUGUGGAAUGGACAAGAGGUUAUGAGGUGUAUGGGAUCGCCUUCGGUCACCGAGUUCAUCUGUUUGUUACCGACCAUUGAGAAAGGCAGUCAGAGAAAUCCUGAAAUAAAGGUGGACAAAGAUUUAAGCGCAUUGGACGAUCAUGACAAAGAUGUUCAACGAUUCGAUGACGGGGCUCUUACUUUCCUCUUAGACUUGAACACAAACGCCGAUAUUGAUCGAUGGCGAGCUUCACGAAGCCACCCAGGCGACAAGGACUCAGAAGACACUACAACGCAACGAUCCGACGACAUGAUCAUAAUCAAACGGAAUGUGUCUCUAGACGCGCCGAAUAUUUCACUAAACACGCAUCGUCAAUCGUCGCGAAGCGAGUUACGCGUUAUUGCAGCUUUUGGAACGAUCCUUCGAAAUAGUGUCCUUGUAUAUUCUGGAUUCGCCACCUAUCAUCCGAUCUUGAAGUUCCCGAAAGACGAUAAUCCAAUCGCUAGCUACGCGUAUCCUUGUGCUGCGACCGGAACAUUUGUUCUGGUAGUUGGGAUAAUGUUAUGCGGCCGCGUCGUGGAAAGUAGUACGGCGGAGAAGCGAUUUCAGGCGAAACCAGGGACGAACAAAAGGGUUCGGAUGGUUUGGCUACAACAAACCAAGACAGUCAGCGACCAGGUCUUUGGACCCUUUGCGAUAUAUGCGAAGGAUGAUCAAACGUUCAUCACGACAUCGAGACGAUCCGAACAGGAUGAGAUUGAACAGUCUCAGUCCGCGACAGACAAGGGAGAGCAUUCGACCUCAGAUGGCUUAGAGCACACCACUAUAUCUCGGCCAAGCCUGCCACUAACAGAUGGUAAAGGUGCUUCCAUAACCAUUUAG